AGUGUUGAAAAACGCCGUUCGUGAAGCGAAUUGUAUCUGUGACACGCGCAGGCAGCAAAUGGAGAACUGACCUCUCUUGUCUCCUCCGCCGCCGAUGAUGGGAAGCAAUCCACCCGAGCACGGGGCCAAGCCAAGAUCCAACCGUCAGCGAGACAACCGUCCUGGGCACAACCACCGGGUAGUACGCAAGCAGCCGCCGCGACCCACCAGUGACCGACACAACAUCUACAUCACCAGUAAAACGGACUUUAAGGCCCAGCAGCGGCGAUGCGAGGAGCUGCUGAACUCCGGCGCUAAGGAGAUCUUCCUGCAUUGUAUGGGCUUCUCGAUCACGCGCGGCCUCAACCUAGCUCUGCGGCUCAUCCACAACUCUGACGGAGCUCUUAGCUACGCCAUCAACACUUCCACCAUUCAGCUGGUGGACGAGCUCCAUCCGCUGUGCGAUGCAGAGGACGUGACUUUCCGACAGCGCAACAACUCUGCCCUGCACAUCAAGAUCUUCAACCGCAGCCUCUUCGACAUCGUCGUUCCAGAGCAGUCGCAACAGUUUCGAGGAAAGGCGGGGAAGGCCAGACAAUAGGGAGCAGUAGGUGAAGGAGGACGAAUUGGGAAGCAAUGUUCAAGCUAUCGGAGCUGGUACGCUGGCUCGGGCUCACCGAGUUCGAGAUCCUGGUGAACCUAUGCGGGCUGCUUGUGUUUACCAUCACACUGGCCAUUAAGCUGUCGGGCGAGAGCCCAGGAAACAGCAUGGCUGGACUCAAUGGCAUCCAGCAGGAGCCCACGGAGGAUUGGUUCACUAUCUUCAGCCCACUGUUCUUCAUCGACAUCUGCAACGCGUACUUCUGCGUCAUAGUGGGCAUCCGCAUGUACCUGGACUCCGACAACAAGCGCAAGGCCUUGCACCGCUUCAUGUGGAGCACCUACUUCCUAGUGCUGAUUGUCAUCUUCAAGUACCUGCUCUGCCUGAAGCUGUCCAGCAAAAUGGGCCUCGAGUACUCGGAGGUUUUCUCGCCGAUCUUCGUGCUCCUGCAGCUCGUGGCGGUGCGUGCCUGCCAGCUUCCCAACUCUAUUUAAUUAUAAAGCCUAGUAUCGCCUCUGAUUUGAUCAAUAAGAUAUCUUUAUAGUACUACCAAA